GGCGGGCACAUCCUGCUGCUCUCCUGACAAUGGCUGGAGGCUCGGCCAGCUCUGUGUGUUGGCGCUCUGACAUGCAGUACCAGGUGCCCCUCAAUGUGACUCUCAUGGUGCCCCUGGGCAAGGCUUUUGAAUUGGUCUUCGUGAGCCUGCGCUUCUGCUCAGCACCCCCAGCAUCGGUGGCCCUGCUUAAGUCCCAGGACCAUGGCCGCAACUGGGCUCCACUGGGCUUCUUCUCCUCCCACUGUGUCCUGGACUAUGGGCGUCCACCUGCCCCAUCGGAUGGUCCCGCUGGCCCAGGGCCUGAAGCCCUGUGCUUCCCUGCACCCCAGGCCCAGCCUGAUGGUGGUGGCCUUAUGGCCUUCAGUGUACAAGAUGGCAGUCCACCAGGCCUGGAUCUGGACAGCAGCCCAGUGCUCCAAGACUGGGUGACCGCCACGGAUAUCCGUAUAUUGCUCACAAGGCCUGCUAUGCGAGGGGAUACCAGAGACUCGGAUGCAAUAGUUCCUUAUUCCUACUCAGCCACUGAACUGCAGGUGGGCGGGCGCUGCAAGUGCAAUGGGCAUGCUUCACGGUGCCUGCUGGAUGCUCAGGGCCACCUGAUCUGCGACUGCCGACAUGGCACAGAGGGCCCUGACUGCGGCCGCUGCAAGCCCUUCUACUGCGACAGGCCAUGGCAGCGGGCCACGGCCAGGGAAGCCCACGCCUGCCUUGCUUGUUCCUGCAAUGGCCAUGCCCGCCGCUGCCGUUUCAACAUGGAGUUGUACCGGCUGUCUGGCCGCCGUAGUGGAGGAGUCUGUCUCAAUUGCCGGCACAAUACUGCUGGUCGUCACUGCCACUACUGCCGCGAGGGCUUCUAUCGUGACCCAGGCCGUGCCCUGAGUGACCGCCGUGCUUGCAGAGCUUGUGACUGUCACCCUGUUGGUGCUGCUGGCAAAACCUGCAACCAGACCACAGGACAAUGUCCCUGCAAGGAUGGUGUCACUGGCCUCACCUGCAACCGCUGUGCGCCUGGCUUCCAGCAGAGCCGCUCACCUGUAGCACCCUGUGUUAAGACACCCAUCCCUGGACCCACUGAGGAGAGCAGCCCUGUGGAGCCACAGGACUGCGAGUCCCACUGCAGACCAGCCCAUGGCAGCUACCGAAUCAGCCUGAAGAAAUUCUGCCGUAAGGACUAUGAUGAGUAUUCUAGAUGCAAGAGAAACUGGAAUGGUGUGUUCACUUACCAAAACCCACCAAAGCUGACCCUGUGACCUGGGCACUUAUACCAUUACAGGUGGAAAGACAAAGACAAGAUGGAUGCUGCCAUCCAGGAUCUGGGACCAAAGGAGCUGAGCUGGACUGAGCUGCAGGAGCUGA